AUGUUCACAGAAAGAGAAGGUUUUGAUAAAGACAUAAUGCUUAAAAGUGAUUUCUAUCCAUGUCAAGAAGAUAAAAGUCUUUCAUUACUUGAAUUAUGCUGUUAUCAUGGAGCUGUAAAUUGCUUUAAAUUUUUAAGGGCAGAAUUUAACUCAAAAAUCACUGAAACAUGCCUUGAAUUAUCAUUUUUGGGUGAAAAUCCAGAUAUAAUGAGUGAAUGUUUGAAAUAUAUAGAACCAACAGCAAGCUGUAUGAUAAUGGCAAUUGUUAGUCACAACAUUGAUUUUGUAACAUUUUUGUUAAACGAAUACAAUAUAUCUAUUGAUGAUAAAUUGUUUUUGCACUAUUGUUGUAUGCACCAGAAUCUUCAAGCAUUUUUAGUUUAUUUACAUCAUACUAAAUCAAUCAACAUCUGCUUUGUUUAUUCACCAUCGUUCAACAUUCCUGCACUAUGUGCACAUUUUCUUUCAUAUGGCAUUGAUGUCAAUAAAGGAGAAGAUCAAAAAGGAAGAACCGCUCUUCAUAUUGCAGCAAAAUAUAAUUGCAAAGAAACAACAAAAUUUCUUAUUUCUAAUGGAGCAGAUGUCGAUGCACAAGAUUGCAAUAAGCAUAUAACACCUCUUCAUUUGGCACCAAAAUAUGACCAUCAUCAAAUAGCAGACAUUUUGAUAAAUAAUGGAGCAGACAUCAACAUUUACGAUUAUUUUCGGAGAACCGCUCUUCAUUAUACAGCAAUAAAUGAUAAUAAUAGUCUCAAGACAGCAAAAAUAUUAAUAUCGCAUGGAAUAAAUCUUAAUUUCAGAGAUGGAAAUGGAUAUACUGCUGUUAUUUAUGCCGUAAUAAAUAAUCACUUUGAAUUAGCGGAUCUCCUUUUAUCUAGUGGUGCCAGUACCGAUAGAUUUCCUCACUGGGAUACUAUUCUCCACUUUGCUGCAUCAACAAAAAGCACUAUAUUUACCAAACUUCUUAUUGAAAAAGAUUCAUAUGUUGAUAAACGAAAUAGAGAUGGAGAUACUCCUCUUCAUAUUACAGCAAUGAAUGAUUCUAGGAAAAAUGCAGAAAUUCUUAUUUCUUCUGGUGCAAAAGUCAACAUUAAAAAUAAAAAGGGACAGACUCCCCUUCAUUUAGCAAUAAAGUAUUCAAGUAGGGAAUUUAUCAAACUUCUUCUUACACAUGGCGCAGAUAUCAACAAAAAAGACAAGAAUGGUGAAACAGCCCUAGAUUAUGCAUUAAAGGAUCACAAUCAUGACAUUAUUGAACUUCUUAACUCACAUACCACAAUAUUAAAAAAAUUCAUCAUCCAUAACUAUGCAUAA